CAAUCAGCGACUUACCUGCCGUUUCCUCGUUUGUCCUGCCUCCCAGGUGCUGCAUCUGUAAUCUCCGCUGUUUUUCUGACCAGAAACCAAACCCAAAUGCACUUUUCUAAACCAGUCAUCUUGGCUGUCCGUUGUCUUUACCUGUCAGGUGUCAGAUCAGGCUGUAGCUGGUGGGAAUAUUUGAUUGGCUGUUGAAAGCGAGGGCCGAGACGGUUCUGGUCGUCCGUCACCUGCUCUGACUACAAAGGAAAGUUUGUCGUUUGCCCAUGAAAACUGCAGAGUCCUGAAGACAUCAUGGACCUGGACAGCAGUAAACGGCUGGUGGUGGUGGUGCCAAAUGAGGUGUCGGUGGCCUCCCGCAGAGUGUUCAGCAGCGAGGAUGAGGCAUGGAAGAGCUAUCUGGAGAACCCACUGACGGCUGCCACCAAGGCCAUGAUGAGCAUUAACGGAGAUGAGGACAGCGCAGCUGCGUUGGGACUGCUGUACGACUACUACAAGGUUCCCAGAGAGAGGAAACGCACUGGCAGCGGUGUUGCAGUCGUGGACCCCCCCACCUCUAUGCCUAACAACUGCAGAAGCCAGGACCUGCUGUAUCACAGCUGUCAGACUCUUUUAUCCAUGCCAGUUAACCUUUCCAUGAACAGCAGUACUGCUGCAGAACUUCAUAGCUCCAAGCACAGAGCGUUGAGCGUCGCAGGAGAUGACCAAGGAGAAGAAGGGGAAGGUGAGGGUAGUCUACCACUUGCUCUGGUCAAGUCGGAGACAUCCACGGCAGUUUCUUGUUCCGGUAAUUCCUGUCAAAAGGAAUCCAAAGAUCACAUAAGGAUGGUUUAUGAGCAGAGCCGCUAUGACAUGCCCCUCGCUGGAGACCAGAAAGAUGAUCAGAGCAGCACUCCGUACAGCACGUAUGAGGACAGUGUGGAGGGAGAGAUUUAUCAGAGAAGUCCUUCCUCAGGAGUCGCUACGUCCAGCUACAGCCAACCUGGAGAUGGUUUCAGGUACAACCUGGAAGCCAACAUGUCCCUACGACCGCGACAAGGAGAAGGGCCGAUGGCUUACCUGAACCGGGGCCAGUUCUAUGCUUUGACGCUGUCUAAGGCUGGCUUCAGACCAUCUCUUUGUCAACCCAGAGGCAAGGUGUGGAUGAGUGGCACCACACAGUCCCAUGGGCUGGAUGGAUGCUCCUCCAGUGGUGAGCAGCAUGCUGUUGGAGACGAUGAUAUGCAGAGGGACAGUAUUGUACAGAGUGUGAUCAUGGUUGUUUUUGGAGAAGACAAGUCUAGAGACGAUCAGCUGAAGAAUUGGAAAUACUGGCACUCUCGUCAGCACACUGCCAAGCAGAGAGUCCUGGACAUCGCUGACUACAAGGAAAGCUUCAGCACGAUAGGGAACGUGGAGGAAAUCGCCUACAACGCCGUGUCUUUCACCUGGGAUGUGAGCGAAGAGGCCAAGGUCUUUAUCUCUGUAAACUGUCUCAGCACAGACUUCUCCUCUCAGAAGGGGGUGAAGGGGACGCCUCUGAUCAUCCAGAUCGACACCUACAGCUACAACAGCUGCAGCAGCAGGCCCAUCCACAGGGCCUUCGCUCAGAUCAAGGUCUUCUGCGACAAGGGAGCUGAGCGGAAGCUCCGGGACGAGGAGAAGAAGCAGCUCAGGAGGAUAAAUCGAACAAAAGGCAGAAGCAGCAGCUCCGGGUCGACCUCUCCCAUUAAGAGAGCUGAAAGCACUCUGUUCAGGAGCAUGCUGGACCUGGACUCCCAGCCGGUCCUCUUCAUACCUGAUGUCCACUUUGGAAACUUGCAGAGAGCAGGACAGGUGUUUGCCAUCAGCACUGAGGAGGUAGUCGCCGACAGAGGAGGUCCCCUGAAGAGGACGUCAUGUCAGGAUGACGUCUGUCCAUCUCAGCCCAAGAAGACCAAAGUGGAGCAGGAAAGGAAAGUGCUGCUGUACGUGAGGAAGGAGAGUGACGAAGUGUUUGAUGCUUUGAUGCUGCGCUCCCCGACCCUCAAAGCCCUGAUGGAGGCUAUUUCAGACAAAUAUGCAGUUCCUGUUAACAAGAUGGCCAAAGUUCACCAAAAGAGCAAGAAAGGGGUUCUGGUGAACAUGGACGACAACAUCGUUCAGCACUACUCCAACGAGGACACCUUCAUCCUGUCUUUAGAGUGCUCGGCCGACUCUUGGUGUGUGACUCUGUCAGAACUUUGACUCACCUGGACCUCGUGACCCGGUCCGGUCCAGUCCGAGAGGAUCCCUGCUGGACAAGGCCGGGGGACGUUUUAUGACGGCGGUUAGUUUUAAAGGACAGAACCAGACAGUCAGCAGGGUUUGCUGUAGAAAGCUUCAGCCAGCACCUCCUCCAUGUUUGGUAGACGACCUGCAGCCGGAGCCUAAAGGGAUCCUUUCUUCCAAUCUGUGUAGCUGUGGUGAAAUAGUGUGACAUCACUAACAAACUCCCAGGAAGUGCAGUAAAAAGCAGCUGAGACUGUGAUCGAACCCACAUCAACACCACCAGGAUGGAAGCAGCAGGGGCUCCUCUGCGCCCCGUUUCCUCCGUCAGGGGCUGUAAAUAACCGGAUGACUCGGUGGAAGUUGUUUUUGACACUGAAAGGGGAAAAUGUUCUCUAAAGUAGCUUAAUGCAGUCGCUAACGUUUUCAACCAGCACAUUUUCAGACGUUCCAGGUCCUUGGAGACCAAACUGCCUGGUGCGUGUGUGUUGCUAUUACGGUUGUUAUUAUUUAUACCUGUUUUGUUUUGAGCUCAGAGACCAGAGUUCAACCCUCUAACAGGGUUUUUAAUUCAAAUGUAAAUUCUUAAUAAAUCUAGUUUUCCA